AUGGACACUGAGGCUAUGAGCAAUACCACAUCGCUGCAGGUUCAGCGAUACAUGCUGCUCAAAGCCAAGCAACAACAGCAGUCUGUCGAGUCGAAUACGCAUCACAGUCAACAGAGGUUGGGCAAUCUACGCAACGCCCAAGACGACUCGCUCGACAUGAGUAGGACUAGCUCAUCUAGCCAUUCUAGCAAGAGCGAUCAUUCACAUGGCUCACGGACAGCUCUGGCAGCUCGUUCGGCCAACAUUGCUGAUGAUACUUUGAGCGCAAGACCUGUCAAUACUCGUGCGCUCGCAAGCAAAGAGAACUCGCCAACACAAAUUGUCAUUCGACAUCGUAGGGUGUCGAGUCAUCUGCAGCAGCUUGCUGAGCUAGCAACUUGCGAGUCCAGCUACGUCAGGGCAGGCUGGGCAGAGGAACACGUGGUGACAAUGCCCUGUAUCUUACAAGCGCCUUUCACUGCGUCAACUAGCGAAACAUGGGCGCCAGCGUUAGCCUCUCGAAAGGAUAGCACGGACUCAUCUGCAUUUAGUCCGAGUGCGUUCACACUGCCGCCGACCCCGGUCACGCCAGCUCACGUGUCACUGCGUGACUUGCAAGCCGCAUCGGCCACGUACGCAGCAGUCUGCCACGAUGAUCUGCCAUCUGCUGCGCGAAUGGGUCGCAUCUGUUCGACAGCAUCGUCAUUUCCUCACAAGCGCGCUGACCAGCCAGAAGCUAUCGCGCCGUCUGCUCUGAUCAGGACCCGUUCAGAUCCAGUGCCUGUUGCGACCGCAAUCGAAUGGCACCCGAGCUAUCUUCAAGUGACAAAGCAGCAGCCAGAUCACGCGAUGAGUUGGCCAGAAGGCCAGGCCGAGACGCCGAGGAUGAUAACGCGAAGUCAUAGCAAGUCUGCCUCGAUGUCAUCAACUUGCUCUGCCGAUCGACUUGCUCUUGCUCUGCGUACGCCGCCCACGCACAUGCAGAAGCGACGUUCGAGUGUCCGUAGCAUAGCUUCGCCGCCACCAAAUCAGCGCUCAGCCUCGAUCUCGUCUGUCACUUCUCGCUUAGCGUCGCGAAGAGGAUCAACCAAUUCUGCUGCUGGAUCACAAGCACCGGGUAUAGCCGAAUUGUCAGAUGCUGCCACUUGCUUUGACGCUCUGAUGCGUAUGCGAGAAGCGCAAGACAAUUUCAUCUUCCACGCGUCCUAUCCGCUGGCAGGUCCAGCAACGCCGACCAGUCAAGAGGUACCAAUGCUACACCGGAUCAACAAAGAAGUUCGUCAAGCGACAGGCUGGCGGUUCACGCUGAUCUGCAGCCGUAUCGGGGCCACUAGGACAACGAGCCGAUACUAUUGCUCGCAAGACGAAGACACGAAGAAGCCAAGCAAGGUCAAGAACGGCCAGGACAAUGUGCGGACUGGCAUGGCGAGAUUCCCUUGCAACGGUCGGUUGACAGUGAGCUAUAUACGAGAUACGCACACGAUCGCAAUUUGGCUCAAGCAUGACUGCCAACAUGAACGCUACAAAUCACGAUCAUAG